AUGUUAUAUUUUAGCAAUUCAUCCCACCACCUAAAAGAGGAUGGGGGACUUCUUGCUAACUUGGUGCUUGCCGCAAUAGUAUCCGCUGUUUUGCUAGCAAAUAAAAAUCAAAAAAAUUCCUCGGGGCGAAUUCCGGAGAAAAAUGAUUCUCCCACCGAUAAUUCCAAUUUACUCCAAACCAAAGCCCAAAAGAUUAAUUUUUUUAAAUUGGCAUUGAGUGCAGAUACCACUACUUCCGAGGAAUUACAAAUACGAGAGGGAAAUGUGAAAGUAGCCAUUGACAAAUUAAAAGAGUCACCAGGUCCUUCUGGCCCAACACCAGGUCCUUCUGGCCCAACACCAGGUCCUUCUGGCCCAACACCAGGUCCUUCUGGCCCAACACCAGACAUAGAAAAUGCUUACGAGGAAAUAGAAAAAAAUGUAAACAAAGUGGAACUUCUUAUUCCGGCUAUCACGCAGGUUAUUCAAAACGCGGCAAAUGACUUUGCUACAAUGAAUGCUACUAGCAAGCAAGAGCACAAAAUAACUGCUGAUGGAUAUAAAACCAAAGAAAUAAUUUUCUUGCCGGUUAAUAAUUCCAGCACGGGCGGAUAUCAGGGAGGAACCGGCAGCCAUUGGUCGCUUCUCGUUUAUAGAGAAAGCAAUAAAUUUUAUUAUUAUGACUCCGCAGGGAGCAUGAAUCUUUCGGUAGCCACCAAAUUGGCCGAAAACUUUUUGCAGUAUCUAGGAAUAAGCGGAAGUGUCGAUAUCAACCAACCCACCCCCUGUCCCCAACAGCGUAAUGGUAGUGAUUGCGGAGUUUUUACUAUUGCUUUUACUCGCUGUCUAGUAAACAAGUUUAAAAACAAUCCGGGAGCAAUUAACCAGGCUGACUUCUGA